GCCGGCAGGAGCUGCAGGGGGCCGCCGCGACUUGGAGCCUCCGCCGCCAGCCAUGGCCAGCCAGUCGCAGGGCAUCCAGCAGCUGCUGCAGGCCGAGAAGAGGGCCGCCGAGAAGGUCGCCGAGGCCCGCAAGAGGAAGAAUCGGAGGCUGAAACAAGCAAAAGAAGAAGCCCAGGCUGAAAUUGAACAGUAUCGCCUGCAGAGGGAGAAGGACUUCAAAGCAAAGGAAGCUGCGGUUCUUGGCUCCCAUGGCAGCUCGACCACCGAGGUGGAAAAGGAUACCGUGGAGAAGAUGACCAUCGUCCAGAAUAACUUCCAGAAGAACCGGGAGGAGGUCCUGAAUGCCGUGCUGGACUUUGUCUUCGACAUAAAACCGGAGAUCCACGAGAACUAUCGCAUUAACGGAUAAAGGGAGCACCUUGACCUUCAGGAAGUAUUCAGCAAUAUCAACUCUUGUGUCUGUCAGUACUCUUAGAUGUGUUCCUCUUUCCUUUUUGUAAAAGAUCUUAUUUCCAAAAAA